AUGAAGCGCAUCUUCUCCUGCUCCAGCUCACAGGUGGCGGUGGAGAGAUGGAACCGCCGUGAUCAGAAGCUGCUGGAGGCGGUGCAGCGGGGGGACGUGGGACGCGUGGCUGCCCUGGCCUCCAGGAAAUCUGCCCGACCCACUAAGCUAGACUCGAACGGCCAGUCCCCGUUUCAUCUGGCUGCCUCCAAAGGCCUGACAGAAUGUCUGACUAUACUACUUGCCAAUGGGGCUGACAUCAACAGCAAGAAUGAGGACGGAAGUACCGCCCUGCACUUGGCCACCAUUUCUUGCCAGCCACAAUGUGUCAAGGUCCUGCUGCAGCAUGGUGCCAAUGAAGACGCUGUAGAUGCAGAAAAUCGUAGUCCAUUGCACUGGGCAGCCUCCUCUGGCUGCGCCUCAAGUGUGCUCCUCUUGUGUGAUCACGAAGCCUUCCUGGACGUCCUGGAUAACGAUGGACGUACACCCCUAAUGAUUGCCUCACUGGGAGGUCACGCAGCUAUCUGCUCACAGCUACUGCAGAGAGGUGCCCGGGUUAAUGUCACCGACAAGAAUGACAAAUCGGCUCUGAUCCUGGCCUGUGAAAAAGGCAGUGCUGAGGUGGCUGAACUGCUCCUGAGCCAUGGAGCAGAUGCGGGGGCAGUGGACAGCACAGGGCAUGAUGCUUUGCAUUAUGCCCUACGCACACAAGACAGGACCCUGUGGAGGCUGCUGCGGCAGGCCCUGAACCGGCAGGGCCGAGGGGGUCAGGGGCCAGUUCAACACUUGGAUCCUGCAUCCCAGGCCUCUCCCUCUGAGCCUCAGGUGGGUGCACCACCUAAGAGCCCGUGGAGGGCAGAGCCUGAGGAGGAGCAGGAGGAAGAAGAGGACGAGGAUCCAUGUUCAGAGGAGUGGAAGUGGAAGUAUGAAGAGGAGAAGAGAAAAGUUUCUCAGUUGGAGCAGGAGCUGCUGCGAAAGACGGAAGAGUGCAAGGCUCAAGCUACAGCUUACCUGGGCCUGGAGAAACAGAUUCAAGAACAGGCGCGGGAGCUGGGGCUCCUCCUGUCCCAAGAGCCCAGAGCUCCAGGGGACCAGGGCUCUAGUCUCCGGCCUGGAGGAGAUGGCAUGGAACAGGGUUGUGCCCUCAACCUGCUGGCUAAGCACAUACAAGAGCUGAAGAAGCAUCAGCAGGCCACAGCUGCAGUGGCAGCCAACCCAGUAUUAGCUUCCAAGAAGGCUGAGGAUUCAGUCCCAGGGGAGAUCCAGUAUGAAGCCCAGGGAAGGUCCCAACCAGAAGAACAGGAGCCACCCCAGAGCCCAAAGUCUGAGACUGUAGGGAAAACCACAGGACAGCAACUGACCAACAGUGAUGGGCAGGCCCUUCGCCCUAAUCAUACUGACCAGCUGUUUGCUGGCCAGAAGGAGAGGCCCCAGGCUCCAGGGGCUGAACCCACAAGCACAGUGGCUGAGCCAGUGGGCACAGCAGCCAUGAAUCAGCUCCUGCUACAGCUGAGGGAGGAGCUGGCUGCAGUGUGGCGAGAAAAGGAUGCAGCCCGGGGGGCUUUAUCAAGACCCGUCUUGGAGGGAGCUCUGGGGACACCCCGGGCUGAGGCUGCAGCAGCUGCCUGGGAGAAGAUGGAGGCCAGGUUGGAGCAGGUGCUGGUGAGACUGGAUCGAGCAAAAGCAGGAUUGCAGAUGAAACCCGAGGCCCCUGCCCAGGAGACCAGAGAGGGAGCGCUCAAGUCAGUCCCAGGGGCCAUCACCCAAGAAGAAGAAGAAGAGGAGAAAAGGGUCCCUGGGGCCCGGGGAGAGCCUCUAGGGGCUCCUGGAGGGGACCAGAUGCCAGGAGGAGGCCAGGCCAGGGGACAGCUGGAGAAGGAGGUGUCCGCCCUGAGACUGAGCAACAGUAACUUGCUGGAGGAGCUGGGGGAGCUGGGCCGGGAGCGGCAGCGGUUGCAGGGGGAGCUGCAGUCCCUGAGCCAGCGGCUACAGCGGGAGUUUGUGCCCAGGCCGGAGGCGCAGGUCCAGCUACAGCAGUUGCGGAGGAGUGUGGGGCUGCUGACAGAUGAACUGGCCCUGGAGAAGGAGGCCACCGAGAAGCUGCGGAAGCGCCUGGCCUCCCAGAACAGAGGGCUCCAGGGGCUGUGGGACUGCCUGCCCCCAGACCUGGUAGGCCAGGGGAGUGCAGGGAGCACAGUCACCGCGCCCCUGGAAGAGCUGCAGGCCUGCAUCAGCGCCUUGGUGGCCAGGCACCGCGAGGCCCAGCAGCGGCUGGCUCGGCUGGAGGAGGAAAACCAGCAGCUUCGGGGCUCCCCUUCCCGCCGUGGCGAGCUUCGCUGUGGGGAGGCCUCGGCUUCCCCUCAGGUGGCGGCUCUGGAGCAAGACCUGGGGAAGCUGGAGGAAGAGCUGCGGGCAGUUCAGGCCACGAUGAGCGGGAAGAGCCAGGAGAUCGGGAAGUUGAAGCAGCUGCUCUACCAAGCCACCGAGGAAGUGGAGGAGCUGAGGGCCCGGGAGGCGGCCAGCCUGCGGCAGCACGAGAAAACUCGGGGCUCCCUGGUGGCCCAGGCCCAGGCUUGGGGCCAGGAGCUAAAGGCCCUGCUGGAAAAGUAUAAUACGGCCUGCCGGGAGAUGGGUCGGCUGCGGGAGGCGGCGGCCGAGGAGCGGCGCCGGAGCGGGGACCUGGCCGCGCGCGCGGCGGAGCACGAGCGCCAGGCCAGCGAGAUGCGCGGACGCUCCGAACAGUUCGAGAAGACGGCCGAGCUGCUCAAAGAGAAGGUGGAGCAUCUCAUCGGCGCUUGCCGGGACAAGGAGGCCAAGAUCAAGGAAUUGUUGAAGAAGCUGGAGCAGCUUUCAGAGGAGGUUCUAGCUGUUCGGGGAGAUAAUGCUCGCCUUGCCCUACAGCUGCAGGAUUCCCAGAAGACCCAUGAAGAGAUCAUCUCUACCUAUAGGAAGCAUCUGCUGAAUGCUGCUCAGGGCUACAUGGAACAGGACGUGUAUAAUAUCCUCUUGCGAAUCCUCAGCAUACAGGAGUGA